AUUCGGAGUGGAACAAACAUGUUCAAAGCUCUGGCUCUCGGAGCGGAAUGCUGCUGGGUGGGAAGGCCUGCGCUUUGGGGUUUGGCGUAUGCUGGGGAAAAUGGGGUGGAUUUAAUGCUGGAGACUUUUUAUGAUGAGUUGAAGCGAUGUAUGCAGUUGACGGGUUGUAAUAGUGUGGAGGAGAUUACGAGG